AUGUUCGGGCAGGCACUGGCUGACGCGUUGAUGCUGCCGCUUAAUGCGUUCAACAAACUGCGCAGCGGUAUUGACUGGGUACUGGAAAAACUCGGGGUUAUCAACAAAGAGUCAGACACACUUGACCAGACCGCCGCAAGGACUCAUGCCGCCACGUAUGGCACCGGUGGUUAUAUUCCGGCGACCAGCUCUUAUGCAGGCUAUCAGGCUUAUCAGCCGGUCACGGCACCGGCUGGUCGCUCUUAUGUGGACCAGAGUAAAAACGAAUAUCACAUCAGCCUGACGGGUGGUACUGCGCCGGGGGCACAGCUUGACCGCCAGUUACAGGAUGCGCUCGAAAAAUACGAGCGGGAUAAACGUGCGCGCGCCCGUGCCAGCAUGAUGCAUGACGGUUAA